GGGGCAGGCUGGUCCGGGUGCCUCUGCUCCAGCUAGGUCUGUGCGGCAGGCAGGGUCCUCUUCGCUCUUGGCACCGACUCCCCUCGGCCUAACCCCGCCCCGGGAGCUCAUUGGUCUGCACCCCAUCCCCAGCCUGAGAGCUCCGCGGAGGGAGGCGGUGGUCGGUCGCCUCCCUCCGGUCCCCCGCCUGGCUUCGCGGCGGAGGCGGCGCCUCUCCCGCAAGACAGAGCCCCGCUGGGCGGCAGGGCGGCGCGGGGCGGGCGCGGGGCGGCGAAGGCAGGCGCGGGGCACCGCGCUCCUGCACCGGGCGGUGACUGACGGCCGCGGCGGCGGCGGCUCCAAAGCGAGCGCGGUCCCCGCGUGCGCACACGCACACGCCGCCGCGCAGGGACACACGGACCCCGGCCGCCCGCGGCCACACGGACGCGGAGACUCGGCUCGGCGCGCGCGCUCCUCGGCUCACACGCUCCGCAUCCCCUGGCGGCGCCGGGCGCGGACUCGCGGGCUGCGCGCCCUCUUGGCGGAGCCUGUCCGGGAGGACCCGGAGCACCCGCAGCCCCCGGCCCCGCGGCCCCACCGCCAGGCCCCGCAGUGAGCAGCCUGUGGACCCCUUGGGGCUGACCAGCGGCAGCUGGCGUGGGAGGCCAGCAGUGCCGGCUGAGGAGCACCAUGGCCAGCAUCCUGCAGGUCUCCCUGGCUGCACUCCUCCUGCUGCCUGUGGCCACCACCAUGCACUCUGACUGCAUCUUCAAGAAGGAGCAGGCCAUGUGCCUGGAGAAGAUCCAGAGGGCCAACGACCUGCUGGGCUUGAACGAUUCCUCCCCAGGCUGCCCCGGUAUGUGGGACAAUAUCACCUGCUGGAAGCCCGCCCAUGUAGGUGAGAUGGUCCUUGUCAGCUGCCCCGAUGUCUUCCGGAUCUUCAACCCAGACCAAGUCUGGGAGACGGAAACCAUCGGAGAGUUUGAUUUUGCUGGCAGUAACUCCUUGGGUCUCUCAGACAUGGGUGUGGUGAGCCGGAACUGCACGGAGUAUGGCUGGUCCGAGCCCUUCCCUCAUUACUUUGAUGCUUGUGGCUUUGAGGACUAUGAUUCUGAGACUGGGGACCAGGAUUAUUACUACCUGUCGGUGAAGGCCCUCUACACUGUCGGCUACAGCACCUCCCUCGUCACCCUCACCACUGCCAUGGUCAUCCUGUGUCGCUUCCGGAAGCUGCACUGCACCCGAAACUUCAUCCACAUGAACCUGUUUGUGUCCUUCAUGCUGAGGGCGAUUUCUGUCUUCAUCAAAGACUGGAUCCUCUAUGCUGAGCAGGACAGCAACCACUGCUUCAUCUCCACCGUGGCAUGCAAGGCCGUCAUGGUUUUCUUUCACUACUGUGUUGUGUCCAACUACUUCUGGCUGUUCAUCGAGGGCCUGUACCUCUUCACGCUGCUGGUGGAGACUUUCUUCCCUGAGAGGAGAUACUUCUACUGGUACACCAUCAUUGGCUGGGGGACCCCAACUGUGUGUGUGACCGUGUGGGCUACCCUGAGGAUCUACUUUGAUGACACAGGCUGCUGGGAUAUGAAUGACAGCACAGCUCUGUGGUGGGUGAUCAAAGGUCCUGUGGUUGGCUCGAUCAUGGUUAACUUUGUGCUUUUCAUUGGCAUCAUUGUCAUCCUUGUGCAGAAGCUGCAGUCUCCAGACAUGGGAGGCAAUGAAUCCAGCAUCUACUUAACAAAUUUAAGCCUGGGAGUCCCCAAGAAAACCCGAGAGGACCCCCUGCCUGUGCCCUCAGACCAGCAUUCACUCCCUUUCCUCAGCUGCGUGCAGAAAUGCUACUGCAAGCCACAGCGGGCUCAGCAGCACUCUUGCAAGAUGUCAGAACUGUCCACCAUUACUCUACGGCUGGCCCGGUCCACCCUGCUACUCAUCCCGCUGUUUGGAAUCCACUACACCGUAUUCGCCUUCUCCCCAGAGAACGUCAGCAAGAGGGAAAGAUUGGUGUUUGAGCUGGGGCUGGGCUCCUUCCAGGGCUUCGUGGUGGCUGUUCUCUACUGUUUUCUGAAUGGGGAGGUGCAGGCAGAGAUCAAGCGGAAAUGGCGGAGCUGGAAGGUGAACCGUUACUUCACCAUGGACUUCAAGCACAGGCACCCAUCCCUGGCCAGCAGCGGAGUGAACGGGGGCACCCAGCUCUCCAUCCUGAGCAAGAGCAGCUCCCAACUCCGCAUGUCCAGCCUCCCGGCCGACAACCUGGCCACCUGAGUCCCCCUCCCCGAUUUCUCUCCUCCUACACGGGCUGGGGCUGCCGGCAGGGGCUGCGCACAUUAGCAUCUCCUCCCUCUCUUUGAGCAGGCCCUGGGCUGGCAUCUUGGCUCCUCCCCAAGGGGGGAGGAGGAGGCAGGACGCAGACUGGAAUUGUCCCUCCUGUUUUGGUACUGGCCCUGCCCACUCUGGUCCUUUGGGCCCUGAUUGGACAUGUAAAUACUCCUCGAAUUUGGAAAGUUGUCCCAUCCCUUCCUCCACUCACUUCAGCCAACCCAGCUCCAUUGCACUGCGUCUUGGCCAGCCUCAGUGAUGGCCUGAGCCCAGGCAUGAGGCUUUGUGAGCUGAGGCUGAAGAGACCCUGCCUGGAGUGGUUGGCGUGAUGCCCACCCAACAGCCCCCUCAGUUUUGACUUCAAAUGUGGGACCUUUUUCUGUCUGAGCCCAGUCCCUGAGGCUAACCAGAGGUCCAGCUGGGGUGGUCAGAUCCUUCAGUGCAGGCCAGCCCCAAGGCUCCCUGAUACUCACCUGGCAUCUUGGUGUCCAGAUUCCCAACCCCUGGGUACCAGGGUCAUGGGACAACUCCAUGCUCUUUCAGUCAGAGACUUCAGUUGGGGGUGGGGGUUGAGGGUCAGGAAAAGUUCUGGUGCUUUUCAUUUGAUCCAAGAAGAGCUGAGAGCCAGAAUGUGCAUAUGCCUGGGAAGGAGAUGGAACAGUUUGGGAGACCCAUGGAAGAAGACUUCCUCCAUCUCCAUUUUUGGACCCUGAUACCAGACAGGCAGGGUUCAUCUGGUAGCUCCCCUUCUGCCCUUCCUAUUUCCAGUAGAUGCCCCAGAGAAGCUGCCUCCCAAGUACACCCACCACAGAGUCCCUAAGCCCUCCUUCCUACUUCCCCUUAAGUCAAAGCCAUGACUAGGUCAAACCAGCCGCCUUCCUGUGAUGUCAGCGAAUCCUGGAGCACCUCACACCUCCGUGUGCCCAAGUCCUGGGCCCAGGGCUCCCCCAGCCCCUGCCUCCAAGGUGAUGAAGAGCCCCAGCCACCAGGUUUUCAGACCUGAACUCAACUACUGAACUCUGAGACCUCUGCACCACGUCCCCCUGUGUGCCCUUGACAUUGGAUCACUGAGGGCUGCUAGGGUGUUUGAGGGGACGCCAUGCCUACACAUGCAUUAGCAGAAGCUGCUGGUGGGAGGAGCUGAUGCCCAUCCUGGCCCCCCAGCUGCAAAUCGCACAGCCACCACCCAGUAAUUUCAGAUAGAGUAGAACCAGGUUCAGGGAAGCUUGAGGAAAGUGCUAGAGUGCUGUGGCCCUUGUGCCCCAGUUCAUUCCAUGUCAGCUCUUGGUCUUGUUCCUGUUUAUGUGUUUGUGGACUUGCUUCAUGAUCAUGCUCUGAAAUGCUUGGGAGUUUGGGUGGAGGGUGGUGGUGUUUUGUCUUGGUUUCAUAAAGAGGAAGGAACCUUGGGGCCCUUGGCAGUGCUUCUGGAGACACCUUCAAAGGGACUGGAGAAGGAUCUAAAGGAUCUAGUGGCACUAAUUUAGAGAUGUCUUGUGUCCUUGGCAGUGGAGUUAGUCCCUGGGUCUUUGACAAAGCCAGAGGGAGAAAGGAACUUUCCCCACUUUUCUCAGCACACUGACUGACUUGGACGGGCUAUGGGAUGUGCAGUCCCUUCUCCCUGUGCCAGACCCCCUGAUCCCCUCACUCUGCUUGGGGAGUCAGGUGUAUUACCCAGGAAGUGUCUUCUGGUCAUCUUGCACUUGGGUCACUGCUGGAGAUCCUGAGUUGCUUGGAAGGAGCCAUGGCCUGGGAUUCAGAGACCAAGAUUCUGCCCCAGCUGGGUUCAGAUGCUUUGACUCUGGAUGCAAUCCUCCCUCUUCUGGGCUUCAGUUUCCCCAUUCAUGAAAUGAGGUGGCUUCUAAUGCUUCUCUGGGCUCUGUACUGUUCAGCAGUUUUCCAAUUCAAAACUAAGGCAGAUAAAGGGCACGCAUGAUCACGUGUAUCAUCUAAGGUUUUGGGGUGUGUGUGAGGGUGAGGGAGGAAUGCUGUUUAUUUUCCCUUAGAAACCUGGCUCCUUUCCCUUCCAUCUGGACACCACAGUGGAAGCUGGUAGAAUGGAGGGGAGGCUCAGAUCAUGGACAUUUGAACGGGUGCCUUGGGCGUGAUGUGCAGACCAGUGCUCAAUACCUGGCUUGGGCAGGUUGCCAUGACUGGGUGACAGCCACCAAGGAGCAGUCAUAUGGACCCCAUUCAUUUGUCACCACCCCCACCAGCAAGGCUGUGUCGCUGUGGAAGAAGAAACUGUGACUUUAUAGAUACAUCAUCGUAACACAGCAAAAACAAGUCAGCCCUGAAUCCCAUGGACUGCACUGCUCCCGAGCCCUGGGCUCAGGAGUCCUAGAGGUUCCAGGUCCUGUUGGUUUGUUUUCUGUUUGAAUGAAUUUUUGCCACUCUUGUGAGAAGAUGUACUUGCUGUGUUCUGAAUGUUCCAGGAGGUUCUGGUUUAGGGUCACAGGCAGUGGGUCAAACCCCUCCCUCCCAGAUCUUUUGUUUUCAACUCUGUCGCCUGGGCAGUAAGACUAGAUGAUCUUUCCAUAGCCCAACACAUCCUGGAAUUCUCUCCAAGUACCAGCCAUCUCCUUGGAAUGGGCCCCAGGUAAGGGCUGCAUCAUUGCCUGGACCCACAAAAGAGAAGGAAUCCUGCUGUGUGAAGAGGGAGGGAGACAACUGGGAAAUGUUCUGCUUGAGAAGAGCGGAGCAGGGUUGUUGGGUUCUAUGCCUGCUGAGGAUUGUUCCUGGGAAGGGGUUUUUUUUGUUCUAUGCAAUCUUAAACCUCACCCAUGGGAGGCCAAAUUCGUCUUGGGAUAAGGAAAUCUCACCCUCUGUCAUGACUGUCCAGGUGUGGGACAGGAAGCUAGUGUCAGGAGAGGCACAAGUUAGGGAAGCUGAGGCUACCAUGGAGCCAGUGAGGGACCAGAGAGUGGAAUUUAGGGGUUCAGCAGCCUUCUCAUGGUCCCCAGCACUGUGAGCCUCAUGACUUCCCAUCAUGCUUGGGGCCAAACUACAUUCUCUGUCUCAGGGGGGAGCCCUGUGACCAUUCGUGGCAUGUCUACCCUUCUCUAACCCCAUCUUCUGUGAGCUGUGUCCUUGGGAAAAUAAGGCCAGGGAGCCAGAACCUGGCUUGAGGCUGGAAAUACACCUGCAUCUGUGUUCUUAUACCAAGGCCCCAGCUCCUUGAUCUGCCCCUUUCUCUUCCUGGAAGAGGCUCUCUUUUAAUUCUUUGAGUACCCUUAUCCCUUUCAUGGCCACUCCAAAGUGAAAGUAGUGAACACUGAAUCAUAUGAACUGCUUGAGCCCAGGCAGCAUGGAAACCAGCUGGAAGAGCCCCUAGCAAGGAGCGGGGACUUGGGCUUCUCCUCGCUUUGCCACUGACCUGCUAUUUGACCUUGACUCAUUCCCUUAUGACUUUGGGGAAACACAAAAUACUAGAACUGGGAGAAACUUGGAGAUCUGCCAUCAAAUGUCAUCUUUGGACUGAUGAGGAAACAGGUGGGCCAGGCAUAAAUCUGAAGGAGGAAAUGGCCCCACCAGUACGUACACAUUCCUGCACAUGAGCCAGAAUGUGGUGCUCAAAGCAGCCACAUGUAAUAAACACUUCGCCUUGUGCAGCAGAAGGGCUCUGGCUACAGAAAGCUGUUUAGGACUCCAGACUGCAGGAGAAGCAAAGGAGUCAGCCUGGUGUGGGGAGAACUGAUGGGCUUUGCCACCUGCUCUGUGAUGCCAGCAUUACCCUCUCCAGGCCUCUGCUCCCUAAUCUGAGAAAUGCAUGAGUGUGACUGAAUCAUCUGCUGCACAGGCCAGGAAUGAGAUUGAAGCGAGAGACCCUCUGCAUGUGAAAGAACUUUAAAAAUGACCCAAGUUUGGGCUCAUUACUGGGGUGAAGACCCCUGAAAGGGACUCCUUGCUGUUCAUCUACUGCAUUGAGCCCUCCUGGGUUUACCUUUAUCCCAUUUGUAAAACCACCAGCACUGGGGAUGAAGAGGAAGCCAGAGGGCUCUGGUAGACACAGUCUCAGCUUUAUCUUCAACUGAUUCCUUUUGCACUUGGGAUUAGGAUGGGCAGAGGACCAUGGGGGUGUUUUGAGCAUUUGCAUGCUAUCCUCUUGGGUAUCCUUCGAGGAUGUAGGAAAGUUCUCCAGUGGGCCAUAUGCCCAUCCCUUCUCCUUUCCCUGAACUCCAGGUCUGGGAAUUGUCUGCACUCAGUCACGUGUGUCUUGUCUGAUGUCUGUGUUCUGUCGCUUUGUGCCUGCCAGGGUUGGAGUCGUGCAGCCCCUGGCAUCCCAGGCGUGACUCCAGGCUCCUUUGUGGGAACUGGAUCAGCCUGGGUUUCAUCUCCCAUGAUAAAGAUGAGCCCCAUAGACCUCAUUGCUACUGCUGCUGCCAUUAAUGCUGUGCUCACAACCUUGUCCGGGUUUUAAGGAUGUCAAACUGCUGUAGAUGACUCAAUAAAUGUCUUCUCAUUUUUUUUUCCUG